ACACUCCAAAAUCUAAUAUUUGCUUUACGAUUUUUAUUUUCCAUAUCACAAUUAAAGUGGGUCCGAUCUUGUUGCCAGGGAACCACCGGGAGGUUGAGUAACCAGUCAGUCGAGGGGUCGCGUGAGAUCACCUGCUCGUUCUGUGAAUCCCUCACGGGUUUCGGUCAGGUGUAUAUAAGCGCGAGCCAGAAAUGCGUAGUUUAUCAGUUUUCCACCGAUUGACGUUGGGUUGAUUUAUCAUCGAAAGCGAAAGUCGAGAAGAAAUAUGGACCAAAGAGCUACUGACAAUAGAUCGAAUCAGAAGAAUCCGAACAACGAUGCCUAUUAUUCGUCAAGAGGACAGGAAAAUCCGAAUGCUAAUUCAUCGAACAUGUCCAAGGCAGAUGUAGAUAAUCGAUCACGUCAAUUGAAUCCCAACAAUUCGGAUUACUACAAAAGCCGACAAAAUUGAAAUAAUUCCGCAUUGUAAUUAAAAAUAUCAACUUAAUUAUUCGUUCAAUGGCAACGUUGAAUUGAAUUUUAAGUACCGAAUAAAAACUAUAUAAAACGUAUUC